CGCGCGCGAAAGACUUCCCGGCUCCGUCGCCUACGAGGCAGCGGCACCCGAUCCUAUCCCGGGGAAGCGCGCACGUGCCCGGCUGGCAAUCUCCGCCCUGAACUUCUGUGACGCGCCAAGGCGGAAAAAGCAGCCGGCGGGGCUCGGCUACUUAGGACGCGGGAGGCACUUCCAGGAUGGCAGCCAGGAUGGAUGAGUGGGUGGGCUGUGCUUACCUCUUUGUCCAGGUAAGCUCGGAAAAGGUCUUUCUGCCUACCCUCUACAGAAGCCCACAGCAGAAGCCCUGCGUGUACAAAGCGUUGAAGUUGGCGUUUGCAGAUUCCACAGGGGGAUUUAACGGGCUGGAUAUUCUGAAGGUCCAUAGUAGUGACCCACAUUUGAUCAUCCAGCUCAAGUUCCACAAGCAAGAGAACUGCCGAAAGUUCCUGCAAAGCUACCAUCAAGGAGAACUUCAAGAAGCUCUCCAGAGGCAUCUCAAGGUCUUUUUGGCCUUGCCCAGCCUGGAGCCCCUCAAGACGGAGCUGAGGGCUGGUGCUGAAAAGUUGGAUUCCAUCAUCCAAGAAGAAGAACGUUGUCUGGAGACCAUCUCUCGGGAGAAGCCGAAUCAUCUCAGAGAUGAAGAAGUAGCAGAGUUGGAAGCAUCCCUGAUGAAUCUGACUUUUCAAGAAAGCAACUCGAAAUCACAGCUCUCUUCAGAGUCUUCCUUCCACACUUUAAAUUCCUCCCCUCCAUCUUCCAGCCCUCCGGAGAUUUCAAAGCCUCCGGUGGAAGAAGAUACCUUCUUUUUCCAGAAGCAACAAUUUGCCAACAGAAAAAUCACCCCCGAUGACCACCAGAAGUUCGCCAAACUGGUGUCCAAGAAAUGGAAACAGGUGGGCCGGUCCCUCUACCUACAGACCAAAUGCCGAGCCCUCCGGGACCCCUUCAUCGAUAACCUAGCCAUUGAAUACGAACGCGAAGGCCUGUACGAACAAGCGUACCAGAUGCUUCGCAGGUUUAUUGACUCAGAGGGCAAGAAGGCCACCAUUCAGAGCCUGAUGGCUGCCUUGGAAGACAAUGGCCUCAUCAGUUUAGGUGAAGAACUUUUGGGUCUCCACCAAAGUGACUCGUGAAGAAGAAGAAG